AUGAAACUGAAUAAAUAUUUUUCGCAGGAGCACGGCAUACCGACUGACAUGGGGUACGCAGUGGCUCCGCACCACUCCGGGGUCUACCCGGUUCACAUCCAGCUGUACGAGGCCUGGAAGAAGGUCUGGCACAUCCGAGUGACCAGCACAGAAGAAUACCCACACCUGAAGCCUGCACGGUACAGACGGGGCUUCAUCCACAAUGGCAUCAUGGUGCUCCCUCGACAGACCUGUGGCCUUUUCACUCAUACUAUUUUUUACAAGGAAUAUCCUGGGGGUCCUCAUGAGCUGGACAAAAGUAUCCGGGGAGGUGAACUCUUCCUCACUAUUCUCCUGAACCCCAUCAGCAUCUUCAUGACCCAUUUGUCUAAUUACGGGAACGACCGCUUGGGGUUGUACACCUUUGCGAACCUGGCCAACUUCGUUAAGAGCUCAACCAACCUGAGACUGCAGACGCUGCCCCCAGUUCAGCUGGCUCACAAGUACUUCGAGCUCUUCCCGGAGCAGACAGAUCCUCUUUGGCAGAAUCCGUGUGAUGAUAAACGGCACAGGGAUAUUUGGUCCAGAGACAAAACUUGUGACCACCUACCCAAAUUUCUUGUGAUAGGACCCCAGAAGACAGGAACAACAGCACUUUAUUUAUUUCUUCUGAUGCAUCCUUCCAUUAUCAGUAAUCUCCCUAGUCCAAAAACAUUUGAAGAAGUUCAGUUCUUCAACGGAAACAACUAUCACAAGGGAAUUGACUGGUACAUGGAUUUCUUCCCCACUCCUUCCAACAUCACCACUGACCUCCUCUUUGAGAAAAGUGCCAACUAUUUCCACUCUGAGGAAGCCCCUAAACGAGCUGCUUCCCUCAUCCCUAAGGCCAAGAUCAUCACCAUCCUCAUUGACCCAUCUGACCGGGCAUACUCCUGGUACCAGCAUCAGCGAUCCCAUGAGGACCCUGCUGCCCUGAAAUUCAAUUUUUAUGAAGUCAUUACAUCAGACCAUUGGGCGCCCUCGGAGACAAAGACUCUCCAGAAGAAAUGCCUGAUACCAGGAUGGUACGCUGUCCACAUCGAAAGAUGGUUAUCUCACUACCCUGCUUCACAG